CAACUUCCAACUCUUCCAAUCCCCACCUCUCGAGGUUAUCGUCCAGGAGUUUCGCAACUCUUGCAUGUACUCGAAUCAGCUCGGCAGCCCACACAACCCUCACCGCGGUAGCAAGCACUCCGCCGCAGGCAUCCUUCCAUCCCACUAAAUUUCCCUCUUCGCACUCGUCUUACUCCACCUCUUAUCUAUCCACUAUGGCCCCUCAGGUCUACAACAACGGCUCGGGCUACAACACCCCCGACUCCCAGCUCGAGUCCGCCCUCCCCAUCCAUCCCACCGCUGCUCGCCGCCCCGAGUAUAUCACCGUCCAGUCCGAGAACACCACCUACACCGACGAGCACAUCACCUCCAAGUUCGUCAACCGCGGUGCCAGCGUCCAGGUUACCGAUGGUCGCAUGACCGUCACGCCCACUGCGCAGACCUAUGAGUUCCGCACCGAGCGCAAGGUCGGAAAGACUGGUCUCAUGAUGAUCGGUCUCGGCGGCAACAACGGCACCACGCUCUGCGCUACCAUUCUCGCCAACCGCCAUAACAUCACCUGGCACACCAAGAACGGCAUCGUCCAGCCCAACUACAUCGGCUCCAUGCUCCGCGCGUCGACCGUCCAGAUCGGGACGGACCCCGCGACGGGCAAGGAAGUGCACGUUCCCAUCUCGGACGUCCUCCCCAUGGUGCACCCAGACGACCUCGUCCUCGGAGGCUGGGACAUCUCGGGUCUCCCGAUGGACCAGGCGAUGGCGCGCUCCAAGGUGCUUGACUACGACCUCCAGCGCCAGGUCGCGCCGCACAUGGCGCUGCUCGACAAGCCCCUGCCCUCGAUCUACUACCCGGACUUUAUCGCCGCGAACCAGGAGGCGCGCGCGGACAACGUCAUCCCCGGCGCGGACAAGCAAGCGCACCUUGAGCACAUCCGCGCGGAUAUCCGCAAGUUCAAGGUGGAGCACGGGCUCGACCGCGUGGUGGUGUUCUGGACGGCCAACACGGAGCGCUACAGCGAUAUCAUCCCUGGCGUGAACGACACGGCUGACAACCUCCUCGCCGCGAUCAAGUCUUCGCACGAGGAGGUCUCCCCGUCGACGCUCUUCGCCGUCGCUGCCAUCCUCGAGGGCGCACCAUUCGUCAACGGCGCCCCUCAGAACACCUUUGUUCCCGGCGCGAUUGCGCUCGCUGAGCGCGAGCACGGCUUCAUCGGCGGUGACGACCUCAAGUCCGGGCAGACGAAGCUCAAGUCCGUCCUCGCCGAGUUCCUCGUCAACGCGGGCAUCAAGCCCCUGUCCAUCGCGUCAUACAACCACCUCGGGAACAACGACGGGCACAACCUCAGCGCGGAGCGCCAGUUCCGCAGCAAGGAGAUCAGCAAGUCCUCGGUCGUGGACGACAUGGUUGACGCGAACCGGCUGCUGUACAAGGCGCCCGCUGCUGGUGCGACGGGCAAGGCGGCCAAGGGCGAGCAUCCGGACCAUAUUGUGGUGAUCAAGUAUGUCCCUGCGGUGGGUGACUCGAAGCGCGCGAUCGACGAGUAUUACUCGGAGAUUUUCUGCGGCGGGAGGCAGACGAUCAACAUUUUCAACGAGUGCGAGGACUCCCUCCUUGCCACGCCCCUCAUCCUCGACCUGACGAUCCUCACCGAGCUGCUCACGCGCGUACAGUACCGCCGCUCCGGCGAAGGCGAGUUCGCGCCGCUGCACUCGGUGCUCUCCCUGCUCUCGUACAUGUGCAAGGCGCCCCUGGUCAAACCGGGCACUGACGUCGUCAACUCGCUCGGGAGGCAGCGCAACGCGCUCGAGGCGUUCCUCAAGGCGUGCGUCGGGCUCGAGGGCAACUCGGACUUGCUGCUCGAGACGCGGAUCUGGUAAAUGGCCAGCGAACGCGUCGAGGUGUCGCGUGAAGGCUUGGGGGCGAAUGGUGUUCUGCGAUUGCGAUGAGGGGGUCUUCAACUGCUCCCGGUAACGUUUUUCUUGAUACGAUCGGCGUAUGUACUGUGCACGUUAGAGUGGACGCGCGUCGUGAUGGGGUGCUCAACCGCCUCGCUUUUCUUGUCUUUCUUGAUACUCUGUAGGAAUAUAUACGUACACCAAUGUGUCGUCGAAUUGAAAUGGU